AAGGUCAAGGACACGGAUAGGAAGAAAAUGAAGUUGAUGAACAUGGGUCUGUUCCUCCAUGUUGCCGGGUUUGUGGUUUGCUGUGGGAUGAUGCUCCAUUGCGCUGCUGACAGCAAAGUCCAUUACCAUGAGUUUCAUCUGACGGAGAGCAACUUCACCAGGCUGUGCAGUACAAAGACGAUGUUGACUGUGAAUGAAAGUUUUCCGGGGCCGGUGAUUCGUGUUCGCAAGGGAGAUACUAUUUACGUUAAUAUUCAUAACCAAGGAUCCUAUGGUGUCACCAUUCACUGGCAUGGAGUGAAGAACCCAAGAAAUCCAUGGGGAGAUGGGCCUGAGUACAUCACACAAUGCCCCAUUCCACCGGGAACAAAUUUCACUCAAGAGGUGAUAUUUACCACCGAGGAAGGGACACUGUGGUGGCAUGCCCACAGUGACUGGACCAGAGCCACUGUGCACGGUGCCAUUGUUGUUUUGCCUGCUCUUGGAACUACAUAUCCCUUUCCACAGCCUGAUGCAGAAGAAAUCAUUGUGUUGGCAUCUUGGUAUAAGCAUGAUGUGAUGGAACUGAUGACGGAAACUCUCAGCAGGGGUGGAACGGCAAAUUUAUCAGACGCUUUCACCAUCAAUGGCCAACCUGGGGAUCUAUAUCCCUGCUCCAAAGAAACAACAUACAGACUGAUGGUUGAUUAUGGGAAGACCUAUCUUCUCCGCAUAGUGAAUGCUGCACAGAACCAAGAUUUCUUCUUCAUGAUCGCUGAACACAACGUCACAGUGGUUGGAGGGGAUGCAUCCUACUUCAAACCCUUAACCACCCCUUAUAUAAUGAUAACUCCAGGAGAAACAAUGGAUGUGUUGGUCACAGCAGACCAACCUCUUGGAGAGUAUUACAUUGUUGCUACUCCAUACUUCGAUGGUGGAGCAGAUGACUAUGAUCAUAGCACUGCUACUGCAAUUUUCGAGUACAGAGGGAACUACACUCACCCAUCAACUCCUUCAUUUCCAUACCACAUUCCUGCUUACAAUGAUACAGUUGUUGCUUCAUUGUUUACGAACCAGAUAAGAAGCUUGGCAAGCCCAGAGCACCCCGUUGAUGUCCCACUAGAUGUCACUACCCGAAUGUAUUUAGUAGUCACCAUGAACAUGUUGCCUUGUCCGAACGACUCCUGUGCGGGGCCGGAUGGCUAUAGGAUCGCUGCAGGCUUGAACAACAAGACUUUUGAGAACCCAAAAGUGGAUAUCCUUCAAGCCUACUACUGGAACUUGAGUGGGUUCUACGAGCCGAACUUCCCGGACCAGCCACUUCAUUAUUUUAACUUCACAUCUGAUGAUUUGCUGAGCAACAAUGUUACCGUAUCCGACCCUGGGACUAGGGUGAAGGUGCUGAACUACAAUGAGACAGUCGAGAUAGUGUUCCAAGGGACUGAUGUAAUGAAUUCAGCAGAGAAUCAUCCAAUUCAUCUCCAUGGAUACAAAUUUUAUGUGGUUGGAAGGGGUCAAGGAAUAUUUAACAAUGUGACCGACCCCAAAAAUUAUAAUCUUUAUGAUCCACCAGAACUUAAUACCAUCCCAAUUCCUAAGGAUGGAUGGGCAACCAUCAGAUUCAAAGCUAGUAAUCCAGGUGUGUGGUUUAUGCACUGUCACUUCGACAGACAUAUGAGCUGGGGAAUGGACACUGCUUUUAUAGUAAAGAGUGGUGGUACAGCUGAGACGAGUAUGAAGGGUCCUCCUGCUUACAUGCCUCCUUGCGAUCUUGAAUCCUUUCUUGGCUCCAAGGACUCAAUGUUACUUAGAGAAGAUAGAUAAAAUCAGUUCUUACAAGUGGACUAGAGAUCUCAUGUUUUUUGGAGAGAGAGUUUAGGUUACAAAAAAAAGGGGGAAAGGGAAAAAAGUUAAGCAAGUACGAAUAAAGAACCAUAGAAAGGGGAAUUGUAUCUGAUGCGUAUAAUUUAUUUUGAUUAUGAUCCAGGAUUGAACCUAUGAUAUUUAUGGUUUUGGGGUUCAUUGAACAAAUAUUAAUUGCAUAAUGAAAAUUUGUAGUUAACAUGUUUGAUUUUU